AUGGACGCGCACAUCGGCACACCGCUCACCCCGUUGUACAGCCGCGACCCCCCCUCCCCCGCCGCUGCCGCCGCAGCCGCCGCCGCCGCCGGAAACCCUAACGUGGGGAGCUCCCCGCUGAGCGUCGUUGAGGGGGGCCGAUCGAUAGGGGGGGUCUGGCCCCCGCUCGCCCCCCCUGUGGCUCCGCCACUGCCGGUCGCGUCGACCCAUCCACGCUACUGCCUGCAAGUCGCCGGUCGCCUCGACACAUGGCGUCCGCGCUGCAGCCUGCACCUUGCCGGUCGCCUCCACCCCUACGCGUCCGCGCUACUGCCUGCAAGUCGCCGGUCGCCUCGACCCCGUCACGUCUGCACUGCUGCCUGCACAUGGCCGGUUGCCUGGCCCCAGUGCGCCCGAGCUACCGCCUGCAUAUCGCCAUUCGCCAACGCUACAUUGCAAGUGAAACUUGUACUUGAAGAAAAGUCCAAUGGCGUGGUACAAGAAGUGUCAGAAAUUAAGUGGCUUAUGUUUGGUACAUCUCUAAGUGAUAGUUCUCAUGAAAGCCAGCAUGAACAAGACUGAUGGUCCAUCGUAAAUAUUUA